GAGAGAGAGAGAGAGGUAACCAACCCAUUACUGGUUACAAAUGAAACCAAAGCCCCCCAAUCCGUUCCAAUCCAGGUGAGAAGAAGCCAAAGCAAGCCAUGCGUGUCGCCGCGGCGGGGGCCCUCCGCCCCACGGCCGCCUCCCUCCUCCUCUUCUCCCCGCCGCACCCGCAUCCGCACCGCCGCCUCUUGUCCCCCCGCUGCCCCGUCCAACACCUCCCCUUCGCCCGCCGACGCCGCCACUCUUCCUCUACCGCCACUGUCGCCACCCCGACGCUGGAGGAUUCCAGCGCAGGCGGAGGCGGCGUCGAAGGCAAGGCCGCCCGCCGCCGCCGCGCCCGCGAUUCCCCCGAGGGCCUCCUCCGCCACCAGCUCGACAUGUGCUCCCGCAACGCCGAUCUCACCACCGCCCUCCGCCUCUACGACGCCGCCCUCUCCCCCGCCUCCCCGGUCCCGCUCUCCCUCCACCACUACAACUGCCUCCUAUACCUCUGCUCCAACGCCGCCGCCUCCGACCCCGACGCCGCCCAGCGCGGCUUCGGCAUCUUCGCCAGGAUGGAGGCCGACGGCGUCCAGCCCAACGAGGCCACGCUCACCAGCGUCGCCCGCCUCGCCGCCGCCACCCGCGACCCCGCCAUGGCCUUCUCCGUCGUCCGUCGCAUGGCCGCCGCAGGCAUCCCGCCGCGCCUGCGCUCCUACGGCCCCGCUCUCUUCGCCUACUGCGACGCUGCCGACGCCCAAGGGGCCAAGCAGGUCGAGGCCCACAUGGACGCCUCCGGCAUCGUGCCCGAGGAGCCCGAGCUCGCCGCGCUGCUCCGUGUCAAUGCGGACAAGGCCAGGGCCGAUGAGGUGUACAGGCUCCUGCACAGGACGCGCGUCCUCGUCAGGCAGGUCUGCGAGACAACCGCCCAGGUCGUCGAUGCCUGGUUUCGGUCGGACGCAGCCUCGGAGGUGGGGGUGGACACGUGGGAUCCCAGCAAGGUCAAGGAGGGCGUCGUGAAGGGUGGAGGCGGCUGGCAUGGACAGGGAUGGCUUGGCAAGGGGCAGUGGAGCGUUGGCCAGAGCGAGAUGGACAAGGACGGGACAUGCCAACGUUGCGGGGAGAGGCUUGUAUGCAUAGACAUUGAUCCAUCUGAGACGGAGAACUUUGCCAAUUCGCUCACUGAACUGGCGAGCAAGCGCGAAGUCAAGGAGGAUUUCCUCGGCUUUCAGCACUGGCUACGUCGCCAUGGGCCAUUUGAUGCUGUUAUAGAUGCUGCUAAUGUUGGCCUUUAUAAUAGUAAAUCUUUCAGUUUUUCUCAGGUGAACUCUGUUGUAAAUGCUAUACAGAGAGUAACCAAAUCAAAGAAGUUGCCACUGAUCGUUUUGCAUAGGAACCGUGUAAAUGGUGGUUCUGCAAAAGCUCCAUAUAAUCAGAAGAUUUUAGAGAAGUGGCGGAAUGCUGGAGCACUAUAUGCUACUCCUCCUGGUUCCAAUGAUGAUUGGUACUGGCUGUAUGCUGCUGUCAGUUGUCGAUCAUUGCUUGUUACAAAUGAUGAGAUGCGAGACCACUUGUUUCAACUUCUUGGCACUAGUUUUUUCCCCAGGUGGAAAGAGAAACAUCAGGUCAGGCUAACUUUCUCGGGGCAUGGGCCUAGUCUUCACUUGCCACCUCCUUAUUCAAUUGUUAUUCAGGAAUCCGAAGAUGGAAAUUGGCAUGUGCCAACAACAACGGGUGAUGAUAUUGGAAAACCACGGCAGUGGAUCUGUGCUACUAGGAAAACUUCCAAGUAGGCUUUACUAGAUGGGAUUUUUACCGGUUGCGCAUCUACUGAAGUAGCAAAUACUGAAAUUCUGGCCACAGUUUCUUCCUUCAUGCCUCUUGAUCUUUGAAGAGAACAAACAUAUACAUUAUACCCAUAUGGCUAGCUGUUCUAGCGAUUCAGUAUGAAACUGGGAUAUUCAAGAAUUGCGAUCCUUAUGAUUGGCGAUUCAUGAUUUGCCACCUCAGCCUAGCGUAAUUGACACAGACAGUCCCACGUGGCAAAUCCUGAAACUGCCAAUCUUAAGAGUAGCAAAUCCUGAAACUGCCAAUCUUAAGAGUGACUAGUGAUCAAUCAUGGGGUAUUUUUUGAGGGAAAUACAGUAGGGGAGACCCCUUCUGUGUUAAUGGUGAGAACUGGUGUCGAGCGAGGCUCGAAUGUUGGUGGCGUGGGCGCAACAACACGUUCUGGCCAACUACGCUACGCGCAAUUUCUUCAAUCAUGGGGUAUUGUCCAUGAAAUUUUUGCUGUAACGUGAGCUGUGGUAACUAGAAUCGUGGCUAUCACUAGAAUUGUGGCUGCACGUUGUUCUAGUAAUUAUCUUGCAAUUUUACAGUUACAUGGGAAUGUUUGGACC